AUGGACCAAGAAGGUUCCCCUCCAAUUCCGGAGGGCAUUUGCUCUCUUCUUGAUACCGAUUUGUACAAGUUGACGAUGCAAUGUGCCGUCCUGAAGUACUUCCCUGAUACCCACGUGACUUAUGGGUUCACGAACCGUACUCCACACAUGAAGUUAACGCGUGGGGCCCACAAGUGGCUUCUGAAGCAAAUGGACAGACUUGCGAACAUUCGAAUCACGGAAGAAGAGAUUAAAUUCUUGAAGACCCGGUGUCCAUACUUCAACGAUGCUUACCUGGACUUCCUGACCACUUUCAAACUCAAGCCUUCCGAACAGAUUGAAAUCAAGUUUACGCCCGUGAAUGAUACCGGCAGCGACAGCGACACGGGUGAUGUCGAGUAUCUGGUCAAGGGUCUCUGGGUUGACACAAUUCUGUACGAGAUCCCGCUGUUAGCGUUGACGAGCGAGGCAUACUUUAUGUUCAGCGAUAAGGACUGGGACUACAGUUGCCAAGAAGAGAAGGCAUAUCGGAAAGGAUGUACGCUGCUUGAGAAUGGUUGCAUCUUCUCUGAGUUCGGAUCAAGACGACGCCGUGAUUACCAUACCCAUGACCUGGUGAUGGUUGGUCUGAUGAAGGCUGCUGAGGAGGGAAAACGACAAGGGUGGAAGGGUCGAUUCACAGGGUCAAGUAAUGUUCACUUUGCUAUGAAGUAUGGUGUCGACCCUGUCGGCACGGUGGCGCAUGAAUGGUAUAUGACCAUUGCUGCCAUUACGGAUGACUAUGAGAACGCCAACGAGUUGGCCCUGCGGUACUGGCUUGGCUGCUUUGGAAAAGGAGUUCUGGGAAUCGCCUUGACGGACACUUUCGGUACCCCCGCCUUUCUCGAUGCAUUCCGGAAGCCGAUUCCUGCGUUUACCUCCGCAGGAGCUGGUGCAGUCAGCACAUCGGCAUCUGGACCAGCCACAACUAACGAAUCGACUGUUCAAAGUGAGGCGGAGACCAAGGCCCCGAUCACUGCACCACUUCGUGACGGUGGCGCUCGGACCUCCCAUGAAACGUAUGCUCAAGCUUAUACCGGUGUGCGUCAGGACUCAGGCGAUCCUGUAUACUUCGUAAAGAUGGUGCGGGAUUUCUACGAUAGGGAAGGCAUCACGGACAAGAAGACCAUGGUGUUCUCUGACUCUCUCAACAUCGAGCAUUGUCUCGAGUAUAAGGUCAUUGCGGAGGAAGCUGGGUUCCAGCCUGUCUUCGGCGUUGGUACAUUCUUUACCAACGACUUUACGAAUAAAUCAAAUGACGAAAAGUCCAAGCCGCUCAAUAUCGUCAUCAAGAUCUCUACAGCAAAUGGUCACCCGGCUGUCAAGCUCAGUGACAACAUGGGCAAAAACACGGGAGACAAACAGAAAGUCCAGGAAGUGAAGAAAAAGCUCGGCUACGUCGAACACGAAUGGGAAGAAGGCGACGAGAGCAACCGUUGGUCUAAGCGCUAA